AUGGCGGAGCGGGAAUACCGCCCGAUGCCGCGGGCCAGGACGGGGUUCCUGCUGGCAUGGUGCUUCUUCACCCUCUUCUUCUUGUCCCCGGCUGCCUUUUGGCUCGGCUUCUAUUCUUUAUUUUUAAUCUCUUUUAGAUGGUUUCAUCCAAAUAUUACUGGGGUGGAGGCAGAAAACCUGCUGUUAACAAGAGGGGUGGAUGGCAGCUUCCUGGCCCGGCCCAGCAAAAGUAACCCAGGAGACUUUACCCUCUCUGUCAGACGAACUGGAGCCGUGACCCACAUCAAGAUCCAGAACACAGGGGACUACUAUGACCUGUACGGGGGAGAGAAGUUUGCCACGCUGGCUGAGCUGGUCCAGUACUACAUGGAACACCAUGGGCAGCUCAAGGAGAAGAAUGGAGAUGUCAUAGAGUUGAAAUAUCCACUGAAUUGUGCUGAUCCUACAUCAGAAAGGUGGUUUCAUGGACAUCUCUCUGGAAGAGAAGCUGAAAAGCUCUUAACAGAGAAAGGAAAACAUGGAAGUUUCCUUGUGCGGGAGAGCCAGAGCCACCCUGGGGACUUUGUCCUCUCUGUGAGGACAGGAGAUGAUAAAGGAGAGAGCAAUGAUGGCAAAUCCAAGGUGACACAUGUCAUGAUCCACUGCCAGGAGCUGAAAUAUGAUGUUGGUGGAGGGGAGAAGUUUGACUCUCUGACAGACCUGGUGGAACAUUACAAGAAGAACCCCAUGGUGGAGACUUUGGGCACAGUGUUGCAGCUCAAACAGCCCCUGAACACGACCCGAAUUAACGCCGCCGAGAUCGAGAGCCGCGUGCGGGAGCUCAGCAAACUGGCCGAGACCACGGACAAAGUCAAGCAGGGCUUCUGGGAGGAGUUUGAGACUCUGCAGCAGCAGGAAUGCAAACUCCUCUACAGCCGUAAGGAAGGGCAGCGCCAGGAGAACAAGAACAAAAAUAGAUACAAAAACAUCCUACCCUUUGAUCACACCAGAGUUGUUCUCCACGAUGGGGAUCCCAAUGAACCUGUUUCAGACUAUAUCAAUGCUAAUAUUAUUAUGCCUGAGUUUGAAACCAAGUGCAACAACUCAAAGCCAAAAAAAAGCUACAUUGCUACUCAAGGUUGCCUACAGAACACAGUGAAUGAUUUCUGGAGGAUGGUGUUCCAGGAGAAUUCCAGAGUUAUUGUUAUGACCACAAAAGAAGUGGAAAGAGGAAAGAGUAAAUGUGUCAAGUACUGGCCUGAUGAAUAUUCCCUGAAGGAAUACGGGGUGAUGCGUGUCCGGAAUGUUAAGGAGAGCGCAGCACAUGAUUACACGCUAAGAGAACUUAAACUUUCUAAAGUUGGGCAGGGGAACACAGAGAGAACAGUCUGGCAGUACCACUUCAGGACCUGGCCCGACCACGGCGUUCCCAGCGAUCCUGGCGGUGUCCUGGACUUCCUGGAGGAGGUGCACCACAAGCAGGAGAGCAUUCCUGAUGCUGGACCAGUCGUGGUCCACUGCAGUGCUGGGAUCGGACGAACAGGGACGUUCAUUGUGAUUGAUAUUCUCAUUGACAUCAUCAGAGAAAAAGGUGUGGACUGUGAUAUUGAUGUUCCAAAGACCAUCCAGAUGGUGAGAUCCCAGAGGUCAGGAAUGGUGCAGACAGAGGCCCAGUACAGGUUUAUUUACAUGGCAGUGCAGCACUACAUCGAAACCCUCCAGCGCAGGAUCGAGGAGGAGCAGAAGAGCAAGAGGAAAGGUCACGAGUACACAAACAUUAAAUAUUCUUUAUCGGACCAGACGAGUGGGGAUCAGAGCCCUCUCCCACCCUGCACCCCGACCCCAACCUGUCCAGAAAUGAGAGAAGAUAGUGCUAGAGUAUAUGAAAAUGUGGGGCUGAUGCAACAGCAGAAGAGUUUCAGAUGAGAAGAUGUUCAGAGCCUCCCAUGCCAAGGCAGAAAUUAAUCUGGUUUUUAAAAAGGUCAAGAAAGAGAUGGAAGAAGCUUCACAUGAACAGUGAACUCUGAGGGCUUGGUACCUUUUUAUUUACGGUUUUAAUCCUUCAACAGUAGGCAAAACUUCAGACCAUCUAAAGAUUGGUUUUUAUCUCUUCUCUCCAAUACCUGAUUUGCUCAUUUUCCAAAUAAAAGGAAAUCCCUUCUACAAUGUA